AUGUGGGUUGGAGAGCUGGAGCUUCUGGAAGAUGGAGCACACUGUGUAUCUGUCAUCCACCUUGAUAGUAUAUUUUGUGCAGCCCACCUUAUUCCAGUAUUUGGGGGUGACUUUGUGCCAACCAAUCUCACUUACUCACAGACACUCAAUGCUUUUUGCAUGUAUUAUGUCAACAAUUUCAUUGAUCACCAUGCAUAUGAGAUCGCAUUGACUUAUCUUAGUACUUAG